AAUUGUGUAAUAGUAACAAGAAGAAAGAAAGAAAGCAUCAAUCAUUAGUGGGAAAGAAUGGUGAGUGAAGCAGUAGAAAAGAAACUCUAUGAUGCUGCAUCAAAAGGGGAUGUCACCACACUUGUAAAACUAGUUGAAGAAGAUCCAUAUCUUGUUCAUGGAGUCCCAUAUCCAUGUUCAAGAAAUAUUCUACCCAUAGCAACGAUUCACGGACAAACACCGAUUGUUGAACAAGUGUUGAAGCUUAAUCCGAGGCUAGCGCGGAUUUCAGACACCCAAAAAACAUCGCCUCUUCACAUUGCAGCAGAGGAAGGGCACAUCAACAUCUGCCAAAAGUUGUUAUCAGUAGCCCCCGAGGCUUGCUGGUGGAGAGACGGUCAUGAUAUGAACCCGCUUCAUAUUGCAGCCAUGAAAGGUCAUGUUGAGAUUAUAGAAUUUCUCCUUCAAGAGAGUCCUUUGCCUGCUAUGGAGAGACUGCGUUGCGGAGGGACUAUGUUGCACCUGUGCGUGAAACACGGUCAGCUUGUGGUGUUGAAGGUUUUGGUGGAGAGGCUGGGAGAGCUUGUGGAUGCAGUUGAUGAGAAUGGAGAGACGAUAUUGCAUUUGGCUGUAAGGUCUAAUCAACUUGAGACUAUAAAAUAUUUAGUGGAAAGCAAGAAAAUAAAGAGGCUAACAAAGAAUUCAAUGAGCAAAACACCACUUGAAAUCUUGGAUGAGAACCCUCCAAGCACAAGUAGUAGGUAUUCGGAAAUCAGAAGAAUUUUGUCAAGUGUAAAAGAUCCAUCAAGUUCGAAUAGUGUGUAUCCCCAGUUGACCGACGCCAUAAUGGUGGUGGCAGUCCUGAUAGCAACGGUGGCAUUCCAAACCACGGUCAACCCACCUGGCGGCGUGUAUCAGGAUGACAUGUUACCACACAAGGCCGGAGAUGCCAUAAUGGCGCAUACUCAUCCCACAAUAUUCAAUUAUUUGAUGACAUCUAACACCAUAGCAUUCAUUGCAUCCCUCAUCACUAUUUUCCUGAUGGUCACUGGGUUGCCAUUGGUGUACAACUCUUUCUAUGUUAUCGCCAUGUUUGCUGGGGCGUUGUCAAUGAGUUCUAUUGCAUGGAGCUAUGGAGCAUCAAAAAUGGCGAUCACUCCCAACACCGAAGGAAAACCACUUGACACUACUGAUGCCACAAUAUACAUGGUGUUUAUUUGUGUCAUGUGUGCAGUCAUAAUUCCGUGUACCAAGGUAAAAAGGUUGUACUUCUACUGGAAGGCAAAGCCACAGCGUAAGGAAGGUCUUACAUCCGGUGCUUGGGGCCAACGUGUCCUCUAUCGGAUUUUCCGAUGUUUGGAGGGCUGUGGAUGUCUGAGACGCAAUCGUUGAGCUAUAUAGGAGAGGCUGCAUUGCUGUGUGAGCCAUGGGAGAUCGAGGUUGUGUGCCGACUGCCAAGGAUAUAUAAUUAUGGGGAGACACUAGCUAGUGUAAUUGGUUGUUAUAUAGGUGCAUCAACUUGAGGUGCGUAAUAUGCUGUGUUUCUCAUGUGAGUUUGAUGUAUUGUGUAUGAAGAUGACCUUGCUAGUUUUAAAUACUCUAUAAACACUAGACAUAGUUAUGCUCGUUGUUUAUGGCUACAUAACCAUUUAUAUUUAAUUAUCAUCUAUUAUGA